CUGGACGGCAUCAACAAAAGUUGCAUUGUGGGCGAUCGCCGGGCGGACAUCGGGCUUGCGGUUGAAAGGAGUCACCGCGGGCGCGCGGGCGCAAACGGCGCACCAGCGCUACAAACUUUUCUGUACAUAUCCAGAUACUAUUUGCGACCAGGGCGAUUGACGUGAUGGAGGCUGCACCGCCAACGCUGGCGUUGGUGGCCACAAUUGUGGCUGUGGGAGCAGCGCUGCUCUUCCUGGUGCGGCGCAAUCAAAAGACGUACAAGAAUCUUCCACCCGGAAAGCUGGCAUUCCUUAUUGGCGGAGUGGAGUACCUGAAGGAGGGCUUCUCUGAGAUAUGUAACUUUCCUGGAAGCGGACCCCGCAAAAUGCGUUUCCUGUUGUCGCCGACGAUUCUGGUCCGGAACUUCAGUCAGAUCAAGAGCAUCAUGAACGGAGAGGAGGACACCGUGACAGUCUCUUGGCCGGCCGCAACUGUGGCCAUGCUAGGCACCGAUUCAGUGACGUUCUCAACCGGCGCGUACCACCGCUCCCUCCGCCGACUGCUGGGGCCCUGCUUCUCGCCUCAGGCCGUUGAAGGCUACCUGCCAUCCAUCCAAGCCAUCUGCGAACGCUACUGUGCCGAGUGGGCGGCUGAGACCACUGCCGCUGCUGCCGCCGCGGCCCCCGCUGCCACCGGCGGAGACAGCUCAGCAGUGAUUGAGCAGCUGCCCAAGCUGCAGAAGGGAGCCCGCAUGCUGACGUUCGAGGUAAUGUCGCACGUGGUUGCCGGUUUCCACUUCAGCCCGCAACAGCUGGCCAGCCUCAGCGACGCCUUCGAUGUCUUCGUGCGCGGCAUUUUCGCACCCGUGGCGUUAGCUAUCCCUGGAAGCAACUAUGCCAAGGCCUCGGCGGCGCGGAAGGUGAUGGUGGCCGCGCUGACGCAGCAGCUGGAGCUGCUCAAGGGCGGCAGUGGCGGCGGCGGAAACGGGGGCGGUGCCAAUGGCGGCGGCGACGGCGACAGCGUUAUGGCCCGGCUGCUGGGUAUGACUGACGAGCACGGCAAGCCGCUCACACACAAGGCCCUCAUGGACCUGGCCAUCAAUCUGUUGUUCGCGGGCCACGAGACCACCGCCACGUCCAUUGUGCGCCUGAUGCUGGUGCUGCGCUCGCGGCCAGACGUGGUGUCGCGGCUGCGUGAGGAGCAGGCGGCGGCGGUGCGGCAGCACGGCGCCGCCAUCUCCGGCUCCUCCAUCCGCGACAUGCCCUACCUGGACGCGGUGGUGAAGGAGACGUGGCGCUGCCACCCCGUGGUGCCCAUGGUGCCGCGCAGGGCGGUGCGCGACUUCACCCUGGGCGGACACGACGUGCCGCAGGGCUGGGGCGUGGUGUUGGGUCUGGUGGAGCCCAUGCGCGACCUGCCCGCCUGGUCUGGUCUGACUCCGGACAGCCCCCUGCACCCCUCCCACUUCAACCCCGACCGGUGGCUGUCCGGCCGUAGCAGUGCCAGCGGCAACGGCAGUAGCAACAGCGCUUCCUCGUCGGCGCUGCAGCAGCAGGACGGCACUGCUACAGCCGACGGCGAUGACGUCGCGUCGGCGGCGGCCGCCGCCAGUGUCGGCGGCGGCGGCGGCGCGGCGGGCAGCGGCACGCUGAGCAGCCCUAUGGGAAUGCUGCCGCCGCAGAUGCUCACGUUUGGUGGCGGCGGCCGCUACUGUCUGGGUGCCAACCUGGCGUGGGCGGAGCUUAAGGUGUUCGUGGCUGUGUUGCUGCGUGGCUACGACUUUACCAGCCCGCUGCCGGAGCUGGAGGUCAAACUCUUCCCCGCGCUCACCGUCGCACAGGGCUUCCCGAUUGAGGUGCGCGCGCGCUAAGGCGGCCGCGCCUGUUGGUGUCGUGAGGAUUGAGGGCCGAGGUGGCGUUGGCGUUGGCGCUACUGCCGCCGACGGGGUCUUGCUUUGAACAAGGAGGAGCGGGCCUUCCGAGCGGACUGUUGCCGUGCAGUGUACGGACGUACAUAAAUCAUUGCCAUAGCCUACUGGAAUACCAGCUCUUGCUGAAUGGUGGGGGCAUGGAUGGUUGCAUGCGCCACUCGAACUUAUUAACGGCGGCGUGCGGGUGAUCAAGGAGUGAGGGACCAGGUAUGUAGCGAGGCGUCAGGGACGGACCCAUAGAGGUGUUAGUUCUUGUGGGCCAUUACCCACACGGGGGAGGCACCCUAGGUGAAA